AUGCUUUCUUCUUUUCUCCAUCUGGCGCUGGCCGCCAGUGCUGUUCAGGCCUACACUGUUAUUGUGGUUGAUCACUUCAUGUACAAGAACAUCGACCCUAUCGUGAUGCCCGGGAAAUACAAGUCUCAUUUGCAUGAAUUCUUCGGCUCGGAUGCCGUCAAUGUCAGCACUACUACCUCAGCAGAACUCCAACAAGGUUGCUCUACUGCUCAGAACCCCAAUGACUUCUCCGUCUACUGGACUCCUGCACUACUCGCUGAUGUCGGCGGCAAAACUGUACCAGUCAAGCCUAUGCGCUUUUCAGCCUACUACAUCGGUAUCGAAGCCGCCGAAGUCCCCAUCCCUCAAAAUUACAAGACGAUCGCCGGCAAUGCUUCCGCCACAGCCCAGGCUCAACUCAACAAACUAGCCGGUGUGCAAUGGUUCUGCGAGGGCGAUUCAGCUCCUGCAAGCAAGGAAACUGCAGCUUUCCCUACUUCCACCUGCUCCACUCAUCUGCAGAAUUUGCUCCUCUUCCACGACUGUGUUAACGUGGAUACCCUGGAGUCAGCAUACUCCGGAACACAAAACUGGGUCAACGGAUACAAAGCUGCCAAUCGCUGUCCACCUAACAUGAAGCGUAUGCCUCAAUUGCGCUUCUCUAUCCGCUAUGAUCUGCGCAAGGUCCUUGCUACCGGCUGGUCUGGAACUGCUCCUCUGAAACUGGCUUCUGGAAACUCUUUCUCUAUGCAUGGAGAUUUCAUCAACGGAUGGGUGCCAGAGGCUGCACAGAACAUGUUGAAGGCGAACAGCAAGAGAGAUUUUGCUGGUGUUGAUGGACCGUUGGGCAAAUACAAUGCUGGAAGUAUUUGCAAAGAUAAGGCUGAGGAUGCUGAUCCUAACCAUGGUACUGCCGAUUAUGCCACCAGUGUACAGAUGAUGAGGGCGGCGUAG